UACACUGAGCUUUGCUGUGAAGCGUCAAACGUCAUAUAUGAACAUUGUAUCAAUUUCAGCGCUUUACCUGCUGGUGUAUAAGAGUGAGGGCCCGUGUUACUCAGGCCCACCAUAACCCCCUGUUUGACGCCCCUCCAUACAUGCUGUCAGCAGCAGCGCACACGUUCUGUAUCUGUGAAUCUAGUGUGCUUAACAGCUGUAAAAAACAACAACAUUGUAAAUAAAGCAGCCUGAAUGAAAGGUGGGCGUUUCUCUCGACCUGCACUGAAGCAUGGAUUAUGAGAGGAGAGGUGGUCGUGGUGACCGCAUGGGUCGCUAUGGAAAUAAGACUAACGAUCAUGACUACAGGGACAUGGACUAUCGUGGCUAUGGACAAGAAAAUGGCUUGGGACUGAAUAGCAGCCUGACAAAUGCCAAACAGCAUGAAAGCAUGAGAGAUUUUACCUCGGGUCAUUUUGCUAAUAACCGACCUGGAUUCAGGCAAAACCGUGGGAACCGUGGAUCUGAGAGCAACCAAGCUAGAAAAAGUCUCCUCCAAAGUCCCCCAAAUCCAAACAGCCACUCAAGAUUCCAGCAAGAAGAUAGAGAUUAUGAGCUUGAAUCAGAGUAUGAGGCCAGGAGAGGUAUGCAGUCAUUUAAAGCAGGACAGAAGGUGUAUCUGGAUAAUCGAAACCCAGAUGAAGGUGAAGAAGAUGAGGACAAUGUGUGGAGCAGAAUCAGGGGACGGAACAACUCUCAAGAGGAAUAUGCUGCAGAAUGGAGAGCUGAGGAAGAAAAAUAUACCAGACGUCCCAGUCAAAGACAGAGUUUUGCUGACCAAGUCCAGUCAGGUAGGGAGGAGAUGAGGGAUGGGAGCUACCACCAUGCCCUAGAAAUGAGCCAGGAGGAGCCAGAAUCCCGUGACCAGGACUACAGGUCUGAUACCGAGCAGGCCCAGAAGCCCAGCAACAUUGUCAUGCUGAGAAUGCUCCCACCCAACGCCACAGUCAACGAGAUUCGCGCUCAAUUGCAGGAGCAGGGGAUCCAACCCAGGGAGGUUCGCCUCAUGAGGAACAAGUCUUCAGGUCAGAGCAGAGGAUUCGCCUUCGUCGAGUUUAAUCACUUGCAGGAGGCCAACCGCUGGAUGGAGACCAACCAGAGAGUGCUCACUAUAUUGGGACAGCGAGUUUCUAUGCACUACAGUGACCCAAAGCCCCGUGCUAAUGAAGACUGGCUCUGCAAUAAGUGUGGUGUGCAGAACUUCAAGCGAAGAGAAAAGUGUUUCAAAUGUGGAGUUCCAAAAUCAGAGGCCGAACUCAAACUGCCCCUGGUGCCAAAGAGUUUACCCAUGGGGCAGUUAAAGGACUCUGCUCAGGGUUUACUGCCCCUCCCUGCCAUAUACCAGACUGCGACUCCAAUUCUAAACAUUAGUUCCUCGUCCCAGGCUACUGAGGUGGCAAAUGACACUCUGAUACUGAGGAACCUGGGACCCCACACCACACUGGAGGCCAUUUUAUCUGCUCUAGCUCCGUUUGCCACUCUCUCCUCCUCCAAUGUGCGCCUCAUCAAAGACAAACAGACGCAGCUCAACCGAGGGUUUGCUUUCCUGCAGCUCACAACUAUUGUGGAAGCUUCUCAACUUCUUCAGAUCCUCCAGUCCCUGCAUCCUCCACUCUCUAUUGAUGGAAAGCUCAUCUCUGUGGAGUUUGCCAAGGGAUCCAAACGGGAUGUUUUUCUGACAGACGGGAGUCGGGUGAGCGUGGCGACAGUAGCGAGCACAGCUAUAGCAGCAGCUCAAUGGGCCGUUACUCAGACGACCCAGCUCUCAGGUGCAGCUCAUAGUGGUGAUUUCAGCGUGCACCAGCAGGGAGCAGCAGCUUCUGUGUUUGGGCAAGAAGCCAUACAGGGUUUCAGUGUAGAGGUGCAACCCUUUAAAGAGCCAGGUGCUGCUUUAGUGACUGGCCGCACAAUAUCAGGUGCCUCUGAGGGAGGAUCUGCCUCUACAGAAACAAGCAUCACCUCCAUGCUGACACUCACAGCAUCCCAUCCCCGGAUUGUCACCAUGGCAGCCUCCACCAGGGCUAAUCAGGUCCCAGUGGAGAUCAUUGGGAAACCUCAGCCUGCUGCCCUGAGUCAGCCAGCCACACCUGGAACUGCUCGGGAGUGUCAACAAUACCCGGAUCCUGAUGUGUCUACAUACCAGUAUGAUGAAAACUCUGGUUAUUAUUAUGACCCUCUCACGGGUCUGUACUAUGACGCGAACUCACAGUACUACUAUAAUCCUCAUACACAGCAGUACAUGUACUGGGAUGGGGAACGACACACAUAUGUUCCUGCUCCGUCUCAGACAUCAGAAGACGCCACAGACUCUGCGACCUCUGACCUUUCAGUUACACCCAACAAGGACAAGAAAGACAAGCCUAAGAAUAAGACGGCACAACAAAUAGCCAAAGACAUGGAGCGGUGGGCCAAAAGUCUGAACAGGCAGAAGGAAAAUGUGCGAUCGUCCUCCUCUUCCACACUCAACACGGUCUCUCGGCUGCAGGGUAGACCUGACGACCAGCGGGAAUCUGCCAGUGCUGAUGCGGGCUACGCCGUUCUGGAGAUGAAGGGUGCCUUGCUGGAGAGACCUCAAAUUCUGAUCGAACAAAUGAAACAUCUGGAAGAAAGAGAAAGGAGUCCUCCUCAGGGACUGGUGGCAGGAUACAGCGGAGAGACAGACAGUGAGGAUGAAGGGGGAGACCGAGAGGAGCGACUGACAGACUGGUCUAAACUGGCCUGUUUGCUGUGCAGGAGGCAGUUCCCCAGUAAAGAGGCUUUGAUCCGACAUCAGCAGCUCUCUGAGCUACACAGACAAAAUCUAGAGCAGAGGAGAGCCAGACAAGCCCAGCCCGGAGGUCAAGAGCGAUUAGAAACCGAGCUGAAAUACAGGGACCGGGCAGCGGAGAGGAGGGAGAAAGGGUCUGUCCCACAACAACCUGAUGCCAAAAAGAGGAGAUACAGCCCUGUCAGUGGUGUUGGAUCUCAGAUGCGAACAGGAGGAAUGGAGAAAGGCUUUUUCAUUCGGAACCUCCCAUUGGAAUAAAAGAGUUGAUCUUUGGACUUCCUUUACUAUUGGACUGAAGCCUCCAUGAGCAUUUUUAAACUGUGCAAAACAUAUACACCCUGUUUGUGCACACAUUAAAACUGCAGCAAAGAGAUUUACAUUAGGAUAUGUUACAGAACAAUUAAGAUCAUAUGGAGAUGUGCAGAUUUUUUAUUAAAACAAAAUAGUUUAUUACGUUUUUGGAUUUAUCAAGUCAGGUGGGUUAAAGAGGAACCCUUAGGAACUGUUAACAAGGAAAUACAAAAAAACUAUUAUUGAUAGCACAACUGUUGCAUGUGACAUUAUUGUACAUUAUCACAUCGUCUACAGCCAUUACUUCCCAGAAAGCAAUUUGUGUUCUCGAAAAAUACUGUUGACCCAUGAAAUAUGCUUUUGUGGACCGCAUGAAUUUGUAAAAAAAUCAAUAAAUAAAAAACGGAAUGGGUUUCUGGGAAGCAGAAAGAAUGAUGUUGCGAUUGAAAAUAGGCAUAGUUCAAAAACUCUUUCUGGUAGUUUCUUUCAAUUCUUUGCAAUUUAUUUGUCCUCUUUAAACAUGAUUUAAGCAACAGCCGCUGACCAUUAAAAUGUUUCGGACUGAUUUGAUAAGGAGCGUGUCUUAUUUGACAUGGCAAUCUAUGCAGAAGAUUACAGACAACCGUUGUCUGUGAUGACUUUGAAAUGCACAGUAGAUUAUAUUUUAGUGGCAUUUUUAGGGCAUAGCAGAUAAUAACGGUUAUGUGAAACUGCACCAUAUUAUAUAUGUAUUAGAUUAUAUAAGCUGUAUAAGACUAUAUAAGCGCUCACACAAUUUUUAAAUGUGAAUUUAAGGUGGAGAAAGUGAAUCAAAGUAUUCGUCUUUUUGGAGCACCAAGUGCUGUUAUUGCUGUUUGUUUAUACAUACAAAAAAAAAAAGAUUUUCAAAUGAUAAUGUUCUCACACUCUCUUUGAAAUCUUAACCACAGAAGGCUAAAAGUCCAUUUUGUUUGCUAAGUUUAUUUGAGAAAUGUAUUCCAAUAUGAAUUUCCCAUCCUUCUCUUUGUAAACAUUCUGUAUAAGUGCAACUGUGAAGCAUAUUUUGAAUGCAGAGAUUAUUUUUUUUUAUAUUGACAUCUAAAUGUAAAAGUAUGAGUUCACAAAAUCUGUCUGAAGAACAACCCCCCAAAAAAAAGAACUUAUAUUUUGCAUUAAGAAAAUGAAGUUUAUUUUAUUAAUGUCACGUUUGCAUUGUUACAUUAUUUUCAUCUCUGUAAUGUAAAAACAAUAGUAAAAUAUUAGAUAUUAGAUCAUGGUAGUUCUUGUUGUACUGCUUUUAAUUUACACUGAUUUUAGUAAUAAUAAUAAAACAAUGCAUUACAGUACUUUUUCACAUAAUUUGGGGGAAAGUUCUUUAUUUUCAUGAAAAUAAUGUCCCAAAAUAGUAUCAUUUGAAUAUAUAAUAAUAAUUUUUAGGGUGAAAUAUGAGUUUUCUUUCAUCCAAGAUUCAUCCAUACAUUUAAUUGUUUGAUACAGUGACCCCAUAUCAUACUAGGACUUUUGCAAUGAGUGAACUUGUCCCCGCCCCACUAUGUGUGUUAAAAGAAUGCAUUUGCACAAUACAUCUGCCUGUUUCAACAUCUGCCUGGGUUGUUUUUUUUCCAUUUUUUUUUUCAUAUGAAUUAUUGGCCAAAUACAGUAUGAAUUCAUUAAAGGUCUCCAGUUAAAGUAACAAAGCUUGUGGCAUAAAGAAUGCCCUUAUUGUUUGAUUUUUUUGUAAGCGAAUAUUCUCAACUGCCUGUAUCUUGCCAUUUUAAUUGGAAUAUAUCAUGUCUUGAAUUUUUGUGGCAA